AUGGCACCGCACUCCCCCGCCGUGAAGCUCCAGUCCCACGCCGCGCCGGCGCCGUCGUCGGCGAUGGGCGCGCACCGGUGGUCCCGCCCCAUCGCCAAGGGCCCGCCGCGCAAGAUCAGGAUCGUGCACGUCCUGGCGCCGGAGGUGAUCAAGACGGACGCGCGGCACUUCCGCGAGCUCGUGCAGCGCCUCACCGGGAAGCCGAAAGGCGGCGGGGUCGGCGGAGGGGCGUCCUCGUCGUCCUCGUCGCGGUCGCCCGAGAGCGCCGCGGCGGAGUCGUCGUCCCAGCAGCAGGCGGCGGCAGGCGGCUCGUCGUCCGUCGCGGUCGCGGUCGCCCCCGAGGCGGCGGCGGGGGGGACCGUCAAGGCGGAGGUGAAGGAGGAGGACGCCGCGUCGCCGGAGGGCGGGUUCGGGGAGGCGGGGGGCACGGCGACGAACGACGCCUUCUUCCAGGACCUCGACGAGUUCCUCCUCGGCGGAUGGCUUUAG